AUGGCACGCCGCAGCAUUUUGGCGCCUGUGCUGGUCUUGGCCUGCUUUUCCGCAGCGGCCUGGACUUUCGUGGCACCUCCGCGCGCGGAGCAGCUCGCCCCUGCCGCGCUGCUCGCGGCGUCGGCCGCCGCAGUGGCACCUGCGGCCGCGCAGGCGGUCGAGUUGCCGCAGGAGCUGGGCUCCAGCUUGAGCCUUGCAGCACCUUUGGAGACAGUGAUGCUGGGCAUUGUCUUGGGCACUGUGCCCAUCACCGUGUUCGGCCUGUUGGUGUCCGCGUGGUUGCAGUUCAAGAAGGGCCCCACCUUGGGCAUUUGA